UGCGGUGAAGAUGUUCAAGAAGGAGAAAGUUCUCGGCGAAUGGCAGGACUUCAGGGAGGAGCUUGGCAUCAGGAGAGAGAGAGGUACCUUCUCAGCAUCUCUUCUCAGCCUGUGAGGGGAUUGUGCACUGGCCACGCUGAGGGGGAUUGAAACAUAAUCCAAACAAUAAAAGGACCGAAGGAGUAACAUUUUCAAAAGAAAAUUCGUCCAAAAAAAAGAAAAAAAAUCACAUUCAAAGUCAAAAUGGACCAAACUAAACUUCUUUCUUGAGCCUCAGGACGAGUGAGGGUCGUCUGCUUUUACUGACUGGCGUUUAAAGGAAUAUUCCAAACUCUGUGAACGCAGUGAACGUCUGUCUGUCUCGUGAGUCAGCCUGUCCAUCCGCACCGGCAUCAUGCCAGUCCUGGACCGAGAACCCCCCAAAGAUGUGGACUGCGGAGAUGGUCUGCCCAAGCUGCCACUGCCUGCCCUGAAAGACACACUGGACAUGUACCUGAGGUGCAUGAAGCACCUGCUCACAGAGGAACAGUUUCUGAAGACACAGCACACAGUGAAGCAGUUUGGGGAACCCGGAGGAGUCGGAGAGCUACUACAGAGCAAACUGGUGGAGAGGAGAGAGAAGAUGGCAAACUGGGUGUACGAUUACUGGCUCAACGACAUGUACCUGAGCAACAGACUGGCUCUGCCCGUCAACUCCAGUCCAGUGAUGGUCUUCCCGCAGCAGAACUUCAAGGCUCCCAUUGACUCUUUAAGGUUUGCUGCACACUUAAUCUCCGGUGUUUUGGAGUACAAAACUCUUCUCGACGCUCGAGCCCUACCUGUGGACUAUGCCAGGGGACAGCUGGCUGGAACCCCUCUGUGUAUGGAGCAGUAUUAUCGUCUCUUCACCUCCUAUCGACUACCAGGACCCGAGAGAGACACACUAGUGGCGCAGGAAAGUAGCGUGAUGCCAGAGCCUGAGCACAUCAUCGUGGCCUGUAAAAACCAGUUAUUUGUGCUGGAUGUGGUGAUCAACUUCCGUCGGCUGAAUGAAAGAGAUCUGCUGACGCAGCUGGUGAAGAUUGCCAAGAUGGCUGACAACGAAGAAGAGCAGCUCCCGCCUAUAGGUCUUCUCACUUCAGACGGACGGACAGAGUGGGCAGAAGCUCGCCGGGUGCUAAUGAGAGAGUCGACUAACAGGGAUUCUCUGGACAUGAUCGAGCGUUGUAUGUGCCUGGUUUGUCUGGACGGUGGCGGUGGUCCCGAGCUAAGUGACACCACACGUGCCAUGUGUAUGUUGCACGGAGGAGGAGUGGCCAAGAACAGUGGCAACCGCUGGUAUGACAAGCCCAUGCAGUUUGUCAUAGGAGCCGACGGCAGCUGUGGAGUCGUAUGUGAACACUCUCCGUUUGAGGGGAUUGUGCUCGUGCAGUGCACAGAGUAUCUGCUCAAAUACAUGAUUGGCAGCCCAACUAAGCUGGUCAGAGCUGCGAGUGUGAGUGAGCUUCCUGCUCCACGCAGACUCCGCUGGAAAUGUACACCAGAGGUUCACAGACUCCUCGCCUCCUCUGCCGACAAGCUCCAAAGGCUGGUGAGGAAUCUGGACAUGAACGUCCACAAAUUCUGUGACUACGGGAAAGAGUUCAUCAAAAAGCAGAAAAUGAGUCCAGAUGCUUAUAUUCAGCUCGCUCUGCAGUUGGCUUACUACCGAUGCCACCGUAGACCAGUGUCAACCUAUGAGAGCGCUUCCACGCGACGUUUCAGAGAGGGCAGAGUGGACAACAUUCGCUCGGCGACACCUGAAGCCCUGGCCUUCGUCAGAGCAAUGACUGACGGGAGGUUAAACACGAGCGAAUCUGAAAAGAUGGAGUUGUUACGCGGUGCCAUAGCGGCGCAGACAAAGUACACUGUUCUGGCUAUUACAGGGAUGGCGAUCGACAAUCACCUACUCGGCCUGCGCGAAAUGGCACGUGAACUGAAGAUGGAGACGCCAGAGAUGUUUGAGGACGAAGCCUAUCUCGUCAGUAAUCAGUUCAUUCUGUCAACAAGUCAGGUCCCGACUGCUGUUGAGAUGUUCUGCUGCUACGGCCCCGUGGUUCCAAAUGGAUAUGGAGCGUGCUACAACCCGCAGUCAGACUACAUCAUCUUCUCCGUGUCGAGUUUCCACGAAAGCCCACAGACAUGCACGGCGGAAUUUGUCAAGUGUCUGGAGCGGGGACUCCUGGACAUGAGAGCUUUGUGCAAUAAAUGCAACUGCGUCUCCACUCCGACCAAACAAAGACUGGAGAAGCACACACAAACUGAGACCAAAGGGCAAUCCAGAACACAGCAGAGACCGCCCGAGUCCAGCAAGUAUCAGCAAACACUGCCACAGAUUCUGGUGCAGAUGCCGGACCAGACCAAAGUGGAGACACAAACCCAGACUUCAUCAAGUCAAUUAUAUAAAGUGUCACAGUGUCAGGGAAAAUAGUGACGGGUGUGAUUUCACAUGUGCUGCAAUAAUGUUCUGCUCUUGAGUCCUUUAAAAAAUACACUCUGUAACUGUGACACCAAAUGUUAUGUGUAGCUGUUGUUGUUUAAAUGUUUGUAUGAUGAACAUCUAACGUGGUAACUUGUCAGAUAUUACAAUAGUACAAGUGUUUUUAAAGGUCACUUUCUGCUUUUAUCACAACAAAUAUCCAAAACGGAGCUUAAAGAAAGGACAGAAAAUAUUCAUUUGAGUCAAAUUUUAGCUUUAGCUUUAGUUUUGCACUAAAUUGAGAAGAAGCCAAAUGUUAUAAAGGUUGUUGGAAAAAAAGAAGACAUUAAAAUGGAGGAGGGGGGAAAAAAAUAGAUUGAAAACACUCCAUGUCUCCUCUACGUUUCUGUAUCAUUUCAUUCAUGAAGACUGUCUGUUAUUUUGACAAAUGGCUGAUUGUCUCAGUAUAUGUCAAUCCGCAAAAAAAAAAGAAAAAAAGAAGCAUGCUGCUAUCUAUCUGAAGAUUAUGGUGUAUUGUGGGAAACCCCAAUCUUCUAUGCAAUGUCUGUGAGUGUUGUCUUCAUAAAAUUGCUGUGUAUUGCACAAAAAUAACAAAAACAAAGCUCUAACUAAUAAAAUGAUGAUCAUAUAUAUUAAAUUAUUUUUACUGACAAAGAUUUAGGGGAUAGGGUUUCAGUUUAUCAUAGGAUUUUAAGUGUGUUCGGCUGUGUCUUUA